CUGUUGUCCUUGCCGUGCAAUCCGGAGUCUUUUCUUCUGACUGCUCGGCUGUAUGGUGGUGCUACAAUACUGGGCUGGUAGAGGUGCUGGCAUAUGCACGCACUUGCCCAACCCCUUAACUUCAUGUGUCUACCCUCCAUACUCGCGUCGUGGGACCCGUGGCCUGCCGUGCGGUGGUGUCAUUGCUAGGAAUGCUUCCAUCCAGUGCUGCUCUGCCGGCCUGCUACCCUGCACAAGCCCACCCCGUACGGCAACAACAGCAGCAGGUAUUGACCACCAGCCCUCCGCCGGAAACGCAGGCGAGACGGCACCUGGGGUACUACGGCGGAACGUAAAGGGAAGCGCGAGAACUGGUUGUCCGUUUGAGGUUAGCGUCCGGCACGCGAAGACCCACAGGUGGCCCAAGAUUAGCAACAUGAAGCUCAAGCACAACCACAGCGUCGACCGUAACGCCAUCGAUGUCCAGCUUCGCCUCGCAUCAAAACUAACGGAGGAGCAGCUGGGACAAGUGAAUCAGAUGACAAGUCAUGGGAUGAAGCCAAAAGAGGUGACAAAAGCAAUGAAGGCGUUGCACGAGGACGGCGACAUCGACAUCAACAAGCGCGCGGUGCAGAACGCGGCUGCCACUGUGCACGGGGCGGAGAAGCCGAGAGAUGCCGCCGAUGCAUACGAAGAGGUCUUGGCCGCGACGGCCGACGGCGGAGUGUGCGAGAUAAAGAUGGAUGACAGCGGCCGCUUGACGCACAUCUGGUGGCAAACGAGAGAGCAGGUGGCGCUUUGGAAUCGGUACGGUCACGUUGCGCUCUACGACGACACCGCCGUCAAGAACAGAUACCGGAUGCCCCUCGGUGUGCUCGCUGUCAUCGAUUCGGAGUAUCGGACGCGGAUCGUCGGCCAAAUCAUAACGGCGGACACCACAACGGACGCUCUCCUGUGGAUGUUGAAGAGUGCGUUGGAGUCUCGCGGGGGGAAGCAGCCGGAUAUCUUCAUCCAGGACGCGGAUGCGGCGAUGACGGCGGCGGUGCGCGAGGUGUUCCCGGACGCGCUGGCGAGGCGCUGUUUAUGGCACCUCAACCAGAACAUCAUCAAGGCCCUCGCUAAAGUCCUUGGUGGGGACAUGAAGCCUUUCAUGGACGAGUUCAGGUGUGUGCGUCAGCAGCUGUCAUUGGCGAAGUUCGAACGGAAGUUCAACGCCCUCAUCGAAAAGUACCCGAAGGCGGAGAAGUACAUGCGAGUGGUAUAUGACGACCGCGCACGGUGGGCGGAAUAUGUUUCGCCCCUGAUGUUCUCCGUGGGUUCGUGGACGACAUCAAGAGUUGAAGGUGCCGGGAGGUGGAAGUCUUUCGUUGGGAGCAGCCAGACGGUGCAGACGGUCCUGUUGGACUUGAAGGAGAAGGGGCCCACGGACCAGGAUAGACAAGUGUUGUACGCCGACGUAACGAAGAAGCUCGGGCAAGCCGCGAGUAUUUUGUCUGAUCGCUUUUCACCGACAGUCGCCGUAGCCCUCGUGGACCAAUUUAUGACGAUGGUCAAUAUGCAAGCAGGCCGGGUACGAACUACAACGACGGGAGGGCGGGGGGCGGCUCUCUUCAUGGCCAACCCUGGGACUCUUCGCCUGCCCGCUAGGACAAGUAAUGAAAGACGACCUGGCGCUGCAGAAAGAUACACAAAGAGGGGGUAGCAAGAGAGCCUCGACUUCUGGGUCCCAACUCUAGUUUCGGUGUUGCAUACUCGGGGUACGUGAGUAGCGGUACGCGGCCUUAGGUUUACGACGUCACCGGGGCAUAUGCCUGAACGAUGUUUUGUCCCCCCCCGGUGGCAGGUCAAGGCUCGGUGUGUUGUUUAUUUUUCGCUUCCGCGUUUUUGCGCCGAUCGCCGUCUGUGAUGUUGUCGUUUUGGUGUUUGUAUGUCUAUUUGGUUGUUGCGGUGUAGCGUUCGAUGGGACCAUCUGGUUCAUGUCCUGUUUUUAUUUCUUUUGUUCCAUUUCCUUUUCUUUUCUUUCUUUCUUCGUCCGCCCCCAUUUUUGCCGUGUUGGGGUCAUAUCCAGGUCCUUUCUUUUUUUGGUGCGGGUCAGUCUAUCAUCAAAUCGCUCUUGUAUGUUGUUUUCGUUUUUUCUGUUUUUUUUUCUGCGUCUAUCUGUGCUUGUCGACCUGUGUGCUCUGCGAAGAAAACCGUGUGAGCCGCGUCUCGAGUUUGUUCAGUGGGCCUGCGGUGUGCGAACUAAACGAUGCCUA